UCAAGCGGUAGUCCUCCGCCUGGCGGCCAUAUUGAAAGGAUGACCAAAGCAAGUUCUACCAUAUUUAAAGUGCAACUGCCGAUCCCAGAAGCCUUAGCUACAGGCUCUCCUCCGGUGCCUCGUGCUCUUUUGGUGCACCACUCCCGGAGCUAUAUUGUGCCACCACCCACCCCUUUUUGUCCCCUUCAAGGGUUAGCUCCCUUGGCGACGCCGGUCAUCACCAUGCCGGCCGUGGCCGAUAUGUACUUGGACACCACCUUGCCACCUCUAGCCACCGAGAGAAGUGUCACCUCUUCAGACACAGAUCCUUGUAAAGUUUCCCGCACCUUCCCAGUACCACCACCACUUCUUAACAACUAUACCAAGGCAUUCCUCCUCAGAACCUGCAAUGGAGCCAGGAUCUUCUCCAGCCCCAGUCGCGUUUCCCACGCCCUACACGGAUUCCCAAUCGGCAAGUACAUCAUUGAGGGGGACACCCGCUCUCUGAGUAAUGGCUCCUCCCUAGUAAUCUCUGUUUGGGAACAUAAUAUACUCGGGGUUCCCGACCUACUGACCGGCACCUUCACCUUGGGAGAUUGGCAAGUAACUUGUCGCCGCACAGAUGACGAUGGCACCACAUUCACUUCUGGUAAAAUUGGUCCCCUAGCUGAUGACACUGACCUUCAGGAGGUUUGCCAUGCACAGAAGGCCAUGGACAACACCGACAUCCACAAGAUCUGCUGGAUCCACUCCCACCAUAUCCCCCCGCACCACCCAGGGAGUGCCCGAGCGAUGACAGUGGCUCACCAGAAGCACCAGCCUUAUCAGCUCCUCCUCCACCAACACCACCUAAUCUUAGCCCCAAACCAAGAUGCUGUAAUCACCCAUACCAACCAGCCACCACCACAAGCAACACACAUCCUCACCCUUUCACACUGAGCUCACUCAUUUCAUCAUGCUAGUGGAAGUUCACCAUCUUCCACCAGAUCCAAUCUUGCACCUUAGCAAACACACCUUAAUCUCCAGCAACUCCAGCCAGCACCCACACCACACCCCAGAAAGGCCACCACCUCUUAAUACCCCAAUUCACCACCCUCCUCCACAUGUCACCAUUUCAUCUCCCCCACACCAAGAACCCUUACAAUAACUCUUCAGUCUCUUAUUGACACCUACUACCUAUACCAGAAGGGCACAAUUUUCCUGGACAUCCUUGUCAGCCUCUGGCCUGCCCUCUCCUCCACUCUCUCCUCACUCUUCCAUUAACGGACCUCACUCUCCUGUGGAACUCCAGAUCCCUCAUCAGGAAGACGCAAGAACUCAAGCAGUACCUGGGAAAUACAACACCUUCUGUGGUGGGGCUGUGUGAGACAUGGCUCUCCCCACACAUCUUCAGCAUAGCAGGUUACACCAUCCUCAGACAGGACAGUCACCAGGGACGAGGUGGGGGGGGGGGGUCCUCUUAGGCUUCCAAGGUACCCUAGUCCACACACAGCUUGCCCUCCCACUAUGGCAAGGAGGGCAUCUUGAAAUCAUAGGUGCCAGGCUCAGUCCAACAAGUGUCUGGCUCACAGUUGUAAUGUGUUAUGACCCAACUGAAGCAUCCUAUCAAGAACACGAUCAUUACCUCUCUCUUCCAUCACCUGCAUUCAUCAUGGAACCCUUCCCUCUCCCUCCACUACAGAAAUCCAGCAGGCAAUGCUCUCUUCACCUGCUUACUUGACUCACUCCAUCUGACACUACUAAGCCUGCCAAGACUUGCCAUUAGAUACCACCCAUAUACAGGAGCACCCUCAGUACUCAACCUCUUCCUUGGUGACCCACGCCUGAAUAACACAACUUUCUUCACAGGCCCUUACAUGGGGAGCAACCACCUCCCUGUUCUAGCCACACUCCCACAAGUCACACCCAGGCCCCACCCUGGAUGCAUACCACGUUGGAGAAUGACACUCUCCAAGUGGUCAGACUAUGUAGCAGCCCUAACUCCAUUCACUGACCUCUCCAUUCUUCCAACUGAAGAGACUGCCCACCAGAUCACAACCUCCAUACAAAAAGCAGGGAAGACCGCCUUCCAUCUCGUCACCUGUUGCACUCCUUGCCAACCCUAGGGGAAACCCUGGUGGGAUGACACAUGUGCCAAGGCAGUGGCUGACCAAUGGUAAGCCUGUAAUGGAUGGCGAAGAGCACCCUCCACUCAGGCAGGCAAGGAAUACCGCUGCCUGGAUGCCAUCUGUGCCAAAACCAUCCUCCAGGCCAUUCAGCACCCACUGCUCCACACUCUCCUCCUCCUCUCUCAAGAGAACACGAGACUUUCUCCACUCCAUGGAGGGCACGGAGCCCAGCCGAUUCAUUCCUCUACAAGCCACUGCUAACCAACCACAUCUCAAUGACCAACACAAAAUAGAAACACUAGCAGACCAAUACCAGUCAAAAUUGGGUCUGUUACCUACCCUCCAGCCCCCAAUAGAUCUCCACCAGAUCAUCUAUAAUGUCAUCACUUCCCCAGCCUUUCACACACAAGGAACUUAAAGAAGUCAUGAUGACACUCAAACCCAACAAAGUACCAGGACACGACAAUAUACCAUACAAGUUCAUAACUCAUCUCACACCUACCUUUCAACAACAUCUGUAUGUCUACAACUCCAGCUGACUGACUGGACACUUCAUAACAUGUUGGAAACUAACCAACUCUACCAUCAUCAUGCCAUCCAAUUGACCUCCUCCCCUGCCUUGGGAAACUCCUUGAAUGUCUCGUCACCACCCAUCUCAGCUGGUGGAUUGAAGAAAAACAGCUCCUACUCAAAGAAUUGUGUGGCUUUCAUCCUCACAGAAGCACAUGAUAUCCUUGGUCAAAUAGAAUACUUCAUUACCGACACCUCUGCCACUGACAAGUCAUGACAGCCCUCCUCAUAGACCUGGAGGGAGCUUUUGACACCACGCCACAUGAGGAUAUUCUAUACAAACUCGCCAAGAAAGGCAUCACAAGAUCCACCUUCACUUGGAUCAAAGACUUCCUCAGUGACAUAUCCUAUCAGUUUGCUGUAGGUGCAACCACCUCCACCCCUCAUCACAUAAAGAGAGGCAUCCCCCAAGGAUCCUCCAUCAGCCCACUCCUCUUCAGUCUUCUCUCUAACCUCUGCUUCCUCCCCCCCACCAUUCACACCUUAAUGUAUGCAGAUGACAUCACCAUAGUCACCUGCACACCAUCCUUAACUGAGUCAUAAGCCUGCAUACAAGAAACCACAACUCCACUUGAAGACUGGGUGACCACCUGGGGCCUCACAGUUAACCCCUCAAAGAGCACACUCGUGUGCUUCACCCUCAAAAAACUCCCAACACCACCCAGUCAGAAUUUGUGGAGCCACCAUGCCCUACUCUACAAACAACAGUUUCUUAGGGCUUCACAUAGACGGCCCUUGUCUCUCCUGGACUAGACACAUUGAGUACCUGUGCACCUCCAGCAGCAAAAGGCUCUACUUGAUGAAGAGGAUUACCUCACUACUGUCAGAGCAAAACUAAUGUAUGGCAACAGUAUCUAUGAGUCAGUGGCAGCUUUUGUCCUCUCCAAGUUAGACCCAUUAAAAACACUGCACUCAGGAUAUCCAUAGGAGCCAUGAAAUCCUCCCCUACCAUUGCCCUCCACGCAGAAAAUGGCAUUGCUCUUCUUGCCAGUUACAGAAGAGAAACACUGUGCCAACAGUACCACCGCAUCAUGACCCUGCCAUCUACCCAUCCACUAACCAUGCUCUAUGCAACCUUAGGGGUCAAGCACCACUUACCAACCUGGCAUCCAGGUACCUGACUGCCACUGCUAGUAAGAGCCUUGCUAGCCCUCAACACCCUCAAUCUCGUCCCACCACCACCACAGCCUACCAGACCUUUCUCCCUUUUACCUCCCUAGCAAGACAUCUUCCACAUGUUUGCCCUCCACAUCCCUGGCCUUCCUUCCAAGCACUCAACCAGCCUCCUCUGUUCUCACCAGUUCCAAGAAACAGACAGAUCCCUCUACCACCAUCACCUCAAGAUUUACACAGAUGGUUCUAAAUUAGACUCACCCACUUCCAUGUCAACAGCACUAUACAUCCCUAACACUUCAGUUUGACUCCCACAACAGACUGAUGUCACCACUGCAGAGCCCUGCUAUCCACCAAGCCAUAAUACACAUUGCCACCUACACUGAGGGUAGUGCUGAAAUAUACACCGACUCUCUCUUCUCUACCUCCUCUGGU